AUGCCUAAGCGAUCCUUGGACGCCAGCAACUUGUCGCCCGCAAUGCAGACGGACAGGGCACAGAAGAAGACGGAGAGGUCUCAUGAAGAGAACCAGGAACGUGCAUACAUUGCCGCCUCCCGGCGAGCGGACCGCAGCAUCGAGGCUCGCGUGCAGUCGGCCAAGAUGGCCAGCGAGAUUCACAAGAAGCGUACCGGCAAGGGUUUCAAGAUUUCCGAGGCAAUUGUGCAGGCUGAGGAGAUGUAUGAGGAGGAAGAGGACGACAUGCCCAGGUCUUACCGCAUGCUUGCGGCUCACCUACAGACCGGCUCUGCCGAGUUUGAUUACCGUGUAAACGCCUUCCUCGCCAACCGGGUAGCGAUGGCAAGCAUGGUUGCUGGGCUUCGCAACGAAGAGUGGGCUCAGAACCCUAUCAACAAAAUGUUCGCUGAGCAAUUUCCCAAUGCCAACAAGCAAGCUCAAGCAUUAUCACGCAACAUCACAAACUCCAUGUAUUACCAGCCCGUCGCCGGCCGGCACCCAGUGCAGCAGCAGCAACAACACCCUCAGCCCGAGAACGCGGCAUCGAGCCCGUUGUCUCCAACCUUUGCCUCGGCAAAUUUCCAACCAGAAAGUCAGCAGUAUCCGAGAGAGAGAAGGCAGUCUGUGGCUUCGCCCAUGGAUAUGGCCACGCCGACUGCGAGAGACAACGCGCAGUCCCCACCCGCUCUGUCUCCUUCGUCUGAGGCGGCAGCCGGCACUCCAUCGACGCGCACCGCUUCGACAUUUCCUUCGCCAAUGGCGAGCCUCGAUCACAGCCUCUUCCCGCCUGGAUCUUCGUUCACGGCCGAGCUGCCUAUGGAUGCGAAGAUGAUGGCACCCAACUUUGACAUGAACGACCCCAUGUCCCACAUGUUUCUGGGCAACCCGCUGCAGCAACACGUGUUUUACCCGGAUACGCAUUCAAUUUCUGAUCUGAAACAUGAUCAGCAUUUGAAUGAUAUGACCUUGGCCAACCACGAGUAUUUCAACGGCGAUUUGAACCCGUACGCUUCCCGCUUCGAUGACUCGCAUAGCGGAGCGACCACACCUGCACUCAACGUCAACGACAACUGGGACGCUUAUCUCGACUUCGGCGAGCAGUCCGACACUGGCGCCAUUGACCCGACAUUGUAG